CUGGAAAUGAAAUUUUGUCCUCAGUCAGAGAUGGUGAUCAGAUGGGAUUUCUGUGUGCUCCUCUCAAUGGUUUUGCUCUCUACCCAGGCUUUCCCACAGACAAAUAUUAAAAUCAGUCAAGCUAUGCCAGAGCCAAUUCAGUCCUACUCCUGCCCACUGUUUUGGACAGAAUAUGAAGGGUACUGUUACAGAUACUUUCCCAUCAAUAAAACAUGGGCUGAAGCCGAUCUCUAUUGUGCGGAAUUUUCCAUUGGCAUAAAAUCAGCCAAAUUAGCGUCUAUUCACAGCUGGGAAGAGAAUGUCUUUGUAUAUGACCUGGUAAACAGCCGAGUGCCUGGAAUACCCACCGAUAUCUGGAUGGGACUUCAUGACCUAAGAGAGGAAGGCCACUUUGAAUGGACAGAUGGUUCUUCCUAUGACUAUAACUACUGGGAUGGCAACCAGCCAGAUGAUGGGAUCCACUCUAUUCCAGAGGAGGAGGACUGUGUACAGAUCUGGUACAGAUAUAACAGUGCUUUACGCUCAUGGAAUGACAACAGCUGCAACAGAGAAUUCCCAUUUGUCUGCAAGAUUCCAUCCCUGGCAAUUGAUUAGCUCGCUCCCACAAUAACAAACAGCAGCAGUCAACCUACUAAACUACUGGAAUAAAGUCAGUCUGACCAAAGGCAUAUUUUAUAUCAGAGACAAUUUUAGUGGCUCAAAUAACUAGUUAUAUGUCUGAUGCCAGCUACUCCACCUAGAAAAUACCUUACCUGUCUCUUGCUUUUGUCCAUGCUAUGGCUGACCAAAGAGCAUUGGUGAACAGUCAAGCC